AUGUGUGGAGUGUGUGGUUUCUAUUCACAGCAGUGGAUUUGAAAGUGUCCUAGUUGAAUGUCGUAAGAUUGUUGGACACUUUAAGCACAGUCCAUACAACACUCAUGGACUGAUGCAGCAGCAAGUGGGAUGAGGACAGAAACAAGAAUCUCUUUUUCAGGACGUUACAACAAGAUGGAAUUCUACCCUGGAGAUGGUUAAGCGAAUUCAGCUAAACAAAUCUUCACUGACCACUACCCUGGCUCAGCAAAGGAGCAAUGUUGCCAUGUUCACUGCACAGGAGCUCUCCAAACUGCAAAAGCUGGAGGAACUACUUGAAACCUGCAGUAUGGAUUCAGUGGGCGUGAAUGUAAUUGAAACUGCUGCUCUUGGUAGACCCUUCCAACUUGGGAUGCUGUAUGACUGCAGAAAAGAUGCACUAGUACCAGGUAUCACCCUUUGGGAUAAAGAGCAGCUACAGCAGAGCAUUCACACUCGCCCUCAAAUCAAUACAGAUUUCAAAGUCUCCACUUCAGACUCUAUUGAAGACAAAUCUAGCAUAUUUAACAUUGACUCCUGUCUGGAGUUUAGUCUUUUAGGUGGACUCCUUCAUGUUAGUGGAGCAGCCAAGUAUCUUAAUGAUACUAAGAUGUCCUUCAAACAGCAAAGACUGACCUUGCAUUAUCAUUCAACGUCUAAAUUUGAAGAACUGACCAUGAAUCACUUGGCUUCUGGAAAUAUAUCCCACCAUGAGGUCUUUGAGAAUGACACAGCAACACAUGUAGUGACAGCAGUGCUGUAUGGGGCUGAUGCUUGCUUUGUGUUUGACAGAGAAGUUUCAUCAGAUGAAAAUGAAAGCACCAUAGCUGCAGAAGUACAAGUUGCUUUGAAUAAACUAAAGGGCAUUUCAGUUGGUGCUAACAUUGACUUGAGCAUUAAUGACAGUCAGAAAAAUGCAUUCCAAAAAUUCAGUUGCACAUUUUAUGGUGAUUUUCAGCUCCAAUCUAAUCCAACCUCUUUUGAGGAUGCUUUAAAGGUUUAUGCCGAUCUCCCAAAAAUGUUGGGAGAGAACAAAGAACUGGUCGUUCCAUUGAGAGUGUGGCUUUAUCCCUUAGACAAACUACACUCAAGAGCUGCAAAACUUCAAAGAUACAUAAACAUAACUCUAAUCAAAAACUUUGAAUCAGUAAUUGAGAGUCUAAAUUCAACUGAGAUGAAAUGUGGAGAUCUCCUGAAAGACACACCUGCUUUGACCUUUGCUGCAUUUAAUAUCAAAGUAAAAAACAUGAAGCAAAACUGUCACAACUACAAGUUGAGUCUGAUGAAACAGCUUGGGAUUCUUUUGCCAAAGAUUCGUGGGGACAUGGAAAAGGAUUCAGCUCUGAUUGAUCUUCUGUGUGAGCAUGAAGAAUCUCCAUUCAGAAGAAGUGACCUGGAACAGUGGCUGAAAGAGAAAGAAAAUGAAUCAAACAUCAUUAAAACGUUGCUCAGACAGCUGAAUGAAUCUGGAGCAAAGGUAGAAGACAACCUAGAUAAAAGUUUGAUGGAUCUGGAAGUUGAAAAUUUGCUCUGUUACACUUUCACAUCCUUUGAGAGGUUGGAUGUGCUCAUUUCGAAACAAAAGACCUACCUGAGUCCUUCAUCAAUGAAAAAAAAUGGGAGCAUCUCUGAUUUCUCGCAAACUACAUGGCUCACCCCUGAAAUCAAAAAUACAAUGAGGAGCAACUUGCAGUUGUUUAAAAGCAUGAUCAAUUUAAAAGUUCACAAACCAGUCAAGUUUAUUGCUACCUCAAAGGAAAUGGAAAAUAAUCCAGGUUCCUGCAUUCUCCUGUAUGAAAAGGGAAGUGAUGAAGCCAUUUGUUUUACACCUCCAACAAAGCCAGCCUGUCCUAUUGCUGAAAAGGUCAGAGGUGACAAAGUGGUUUUAAAAGUACCUUCACCAUGUCCAGAUACAGUGGAGACUAAGCUGCAGUACAAAAUGAAAACAGAGACAGAAUGGAAAUCUCAGCCUCUGAUGCAAAGCCAAGAUACAGUUACUUUGACUGAUCUCAGUCCAGACACGGAGUAUGAGAUUAAAUGUACAUCAAUUGGAAAACUGAGCUACAGUGUAGACAGCGAUGUCAUCAGUGUCAUCAGAAAGGCAAUAAAAGGAACACAGCUGUUACCGGUGGAUGCUUUAGAACAUUUGUAUGAAAUAAAAGUAGAAGAUAAGCUCAAGGAGAUCAAAGAAAUCUUAUACACCCAAGAUCUGCCAACAGCAUUUGGCACAAUCAGCAAUUAUUUUAAGGAGACUUCUCUUGUACUUAACAUUGGUGUGACAGGAGAAUCUGGUUCUGGAAAGUCCACAUUUGUCAAUGCAUUCAGGGGUUUAGGAGAUGAAGACGAGGGCUCUGCUAAAACCAGUUCAGUGGUGACCACUGCAGAGCCGGAAGUUUAUUUUCAUCCAAAAUAUGAAAAUGUGAAAUUGUGGGAUCUUCCUGGCAUUGGAACACCAAAUUUCAAAGCCGAUAAGUAUCUCGAGUUGGUUGAGUUUGAGCGCUAUGAUUUUUUCAUCAUCAUCGCUUCAGAUCGAUUCAGAGAAUGCCACACUCAGCUGGCCAAAGGGAUCAUGAGGAUGGGGAAGAAGUUUUACUUUGUUCGCUCCAAAAUUGAUGCAAGCAUUACAGCUGAGAAGAAGAAGAAGAACUUUGACCAGAAAAAGACACUGGAUUCCAUCCGAGAAGACUGCGAAAAUGGUCUGAGAAAGAUUGGGAUAGAAUAUCCUGUUGUGUUCCUGAUUUCUGGAUGGGACCUUGGAAAGUAUGAUUUAAAUCUGCUGCAGGAGAUGAUGGAGAAAGAGAUUCUCAAGUGUAAGAGAAUUCUGCUCAAGUCAGCUUUGCUAAAUGUCAAACAGGAGGUUAUUGAGCAAAGGAAGGAUACUCUUAAGAGAAACAUUGAAAGAGUAACAGAGCAGUCUGUCGCUAUCACUGAUGUUCACCUCCCGGGUCUUUCAAUUUCUGUGAAUGUAGACAUCAUAGCAGAAGAGUUGACAAAGUACUACAGUGAGUUUGGUCUGGAUGAUCAGAGUCUACAGAAACUCUGUGAACGAUCUGGGAAAACCAUAGAGGAACUGAAGAGUCUGAUGAAGUCUCCCCUGUGUUAUGGAAUAAACACAUCUUUAAUAAUAAACUUGCUGGAGGCUGAAGUUCCUAAAAUUGAAAAUGAGUAUUUUUUGAGCUUCAUGCCAUUUAUUGGCACUGAAAUAAAAAAAAUAAAGUCCAGUGUGGCAGUCUCAUCAAUGCUGAAGACAGCUCUGAAUGUCAUAGCAGAAGACAUCAGAAAUGUGAUAAUAGCAUUACUGGAGACUGAAGUGUAAAUGUUUAAGAUGGAGCCCAGACCUAAAUUCUUUUGAACAUCUAUGGAGAGAUCUGAAAAUGGCAUGCUGGUAAAUCCCAAUGAGGCAUGGCACUGCCAAUUUUUUUU